CAGCUCCAGGCCCAGUGAAGGGCAUGAAGAAGGCUGAGGCUCUGGACUCCAGCCAGGCCUUCAGCAGGCCUCUGAGGCCAAGGUCUUCCUAGUCUCAAGAGGGGCCAAGAGACGCAAUGUGUCAUUCGAACAAGUGAGUGAGCGGGCGGUGAGCAAAUGAAUGACCGCUCGGGAGGUGUGCCGGCCUACGGGCCCUGUUUGACUGUCCAAGCUCAGCUUACCUGACCCUGGUUACCAGGCAAUGCCACCCUGGGCCCUCCUUUUCGUCCCCCUCCCUCACUGUGAUGUCACCACCUGCCCCAUUAUGACCCAGUCUGACACCCAGUUAAAAGUGGAGGGCAGGGGGCCCAGGCAGUCCUGGGACCAAUGGCCAUGGGUGAGCGAACCUACUGUGGAGCUGAGCCGUUCCCUGGCCCCAUCCCCAGGAAAUGCCAGGAGCAAGGAGACGCAAUAAUUCUGCUCCUGGUCAGCUUGAUCUUCGUCAACGUGGGGAUCAACAUGGUGGUUAUGCUCUGGAGGCAUCUGAAGAGAUUCUUGCAGGCACUUUUCAGACGUCUUUUCACCACAGACAAGCAAGCAAGCUGUGUAGGCAGCCGUCACAUGCGCAUGCGCUGCUCCGUGGAUCCCAAGAACCUGUGCUCAAGAGUUUCUCCCUGCUUCCACCAUGGCCCAAGCUUCCUGCUCGGGCACCCAAACCACCCUGACUCCUGGAUACGAGACAGAAAAGAUGAGAAGGCUUCUAAGUACUGCUGGAUGCCGCCUCAGUGUGGACGGGCUGGGGCUUCCACGGAGGUUCCACGGGGACUGUGGAAGGAGCGGGUAGUGAGAGCUGGGGAGGCCCCUCCGGUCACAGUCUUAAAGUCCCAAGCCAACUUUUACUCCAGGUCUCAGAAGAGAAACACGGACCCCCCGACUCCAGUCUACCCCAAAUUCCUGUACUCCAAGGAUGCUGUACCUUCUCAACCUUGCUUCCAUUCUCCAAACAGUGCCCAGAGCUCACCAUGCACCAUGCCUCCACCAUACACUCUUUAUCUACCGCUUGUUUCUCCCGGAUCCUGGGUCCUUCAUCAACACAGCAACCACCAGAAGCCCUCCACCUUAAUACAAACCCCCACCUUUCCCCCAACCUCCAAGUCUUCUCAGUCUGUCCUCUCUUCCCAGGGCCCCAUCCCUCCCCAGUUAUCCACUACUUCCCAAACCCCAAGCCAGGCCCAACCCCGUGAACUUCCUGAGAGUCAAGGCCUCAACCAAGCCUCUGUCCUCCAAAGGACCCCAGGCCCUUCCAAAGUCUGCAGAGUUUCCUGAAACCCAGGCCUAACCAAAAACCCAGACCUCCCCAAGAACCCAGGCCUUGCUCAAGACCAAGGCCUCCACAAGCUUCCAGGCUUUACCCAAGAUGCUGGAAUUGACAGGGGCUCAGAACAUACCCAUGACCCUAGCUUACACAAGUACUGUGGAAUUCAUCGAGAUCCUGGCCCCCAUAAGAGUCCAGCCCUUACUCAAUACUCUGGCUCAUCCAAGAGAUCAGGCCUCCAUAACAACUCAUGCCUUAUCCCAAAUCCUGGCCUCCAUAAGAACCCUCUAGGAACUGACUCUGUCCAAGUUUUGGGCCCACAUCAGACCCGACAGUCAUUUAUAUCUGAGGCAGUUCCUCGAAAGGAGGAUGCAGGGCAGCACAUAACAUGGACUUCUAUCCCACCCAGUCAGAACUCCUGCUCUCCCAAGGCUCAGGUAGCCUACAAUGACCUGCAAGCCUUCUCAGAGGUACCUGGGCUGAUUGAGCUGCAAUCACCCUCCCAGCGAGCAGGCAGCCAAGACUGGGUGUACCACCACAUGGAUACAGUUCCUCCAACCUGCCAGAACUAUCGCCAGAUGUCUACGCCUCCCAAAACCAGCUGGAAGCCCUACUGUCCUGGGUCAGGCACCCGGCUCGGGCACGUGGUCUUUGAUGCCCGCCAGAGACAGUUCAGAACAGGCAGGGAAAGUGCGAAGCUCUGUCUCCCAGGCGCCUUCACCGAGAGACAUCCAACAACUCACCGGAGACCAUCAAGGAGUGGGGAUAUCAGUGUGUGAUGAGCAACUUAGAAAAAGAGGGGACAGAUAUGCACGAGGAAUAAAGAGACAAGAGAAGUGAUCUGUGGUUAUUGAGGACAUCCACCCCAGCCCCAUCCCACAGGGCUUGAUGAGGACCUAAACUAUCCCUGCUUUCCCUCCAUCGCUUUCUAGCUGAAUCCGUUAUCGCCAAGGCCAUAGAGCUGCAUUGUCAAUUACAGUAGCCACUAGCCAAAUGCCUAUUAGAAUGUAAAUUAGUUAAAAUUAAGGAAAAUUAAUUCUGUUAAAAAUUAAGUUAAAAUGUUAAAAAUUCUCUUCCUCAGGGAACGGAAUUUCCCUGGCAUCCAAUUCUGUUCCCUGGUGGUCCAGUUGUUGGGACUUGGCGCUUUCCCUGCUGUGGCUGGGGUUCAAUCCCUAGUCGGGGAACUCAGACCCCGCAAGCUUCAUGGCUUGGCCAAAAAAAAAAAAAAAAAAUUCUGUUCCUCAGUGCCAUGACCUUCUA